CAAGAAAGACCCCCCCAACCCCAAGUACAAGUAUAAUUGAGAAACCCCAUUUGCUCACUCCACCCAAAAUGGCCCCCAAAUCAGAAACCCUAACUUCCUCUUCUUCUUCAUCAUUCCAAUCUGAUUCAUCAAUGGACUCAAUCGACCCAAUCCUUCACAUCCUCAGGAUCCUCCCCUACAGCUUCCUCCGAGUCCCUCGUCUCCGCCUCAAGAUCCCCUCCCUCACCCUCCCCUCCGCCAUGACCGUCUUCGCCCUCCUCCUCCUCACCUACUUCAUGGUCAUCUCGGGCAUCAUCUACGACGUCAUUGUCGAGCCCCCCGGCAUCGGCUCCACCCAGGACCGCCACACCGGCGCCGUCCGCCCCGUCGUCUUCCUCCCUGGCCGCGUCAACGGCCAGUACAUCAUCGAGGGUCUGUCCUCCGGCUUCAUGUUCGUCCUCGGUGGAAUCGGCAUUGUGCUCAUGGAUCUCGCGCUCGAUCGCAACCGCGCCAAGUCCGUCAAGGUCUCCUUCGCCACCGCAGGAAUCUCCUCAGUCGUUAUUGCGUAUGUGAUGAGUAUGCUUUUUAUUCGUAUUAAGAUCCCUGCUUAUCUUCAUUGAAUUAUUCAUCAUAAUGUUCUGUCGGGUUUUUAGCUCUGAGGAAGAUUUUGAAUUUUAUGGAAUUGGGUUUUGUAUGAAAUUAUGGAUCUGAUUUUAUAAUUUAACGGAAUGAAAGUUGAGUUUUUAUGAA